AUGAAGGCAGCUGUGAUCUCACCCGCCCGGUCGAUCUGGUGGAAAGUCGGUGCCAUGACAGGUGCCAGUGGCGUCAUGCUCGGUGCUUUCGGCGCUCAUGCGCUGAAAACCCACGUCAAGGACCCGGAACUGCUCAAGAGCUGGUCGACUGCAGCUUAUUAUCAGCUGAUCCACUCGGCAGUGUUGCUCGCUACGCCACUGUGUCGACGGCCGAAACUGGCGGGACGGCUCAUUGCCACGGGCACGAUGCUGUUCUCCGGGUCCAUCUAUGUGAUGGUGCUCACGGGGGACAAGAGACUGGGCAUGGUCACGCCUGUCGGUGGCGUCGCAAUGGUCGCAGGAUGGCUCGCCCUCGUGUUGUAG